UUGGAAAAUAUAAAAAAGAAAAUACUACAGUAAUACGCUUUUUCACCUGUAUGACAAAGCUGAGAUGCAGUUUUUUCUUGAAAUUUAUAGAACUUCUUAGCAUAACUACAUGUGAUGCGUUACAAAAUGUCCCGUCACUAAUAAAUUAGAGUCGCCACAAAUGUUAGGUGGUAGGAAGCAUCAUAAAGCCGUUCCAAAUUCCCUCUCGGUACGCAUUAAAAGUGAGAGACAUGGAGCGUUUCUUGCGUCGUGUGUUUACUCGCUCGUCAAAUGCAAUCACUCGCGAAAGGCGAAACAUGAGCGUAGAUCCAAACAUGCAGGGGAGCGUGCAUUACCAUCACCAUCAUCAUGCACAACUGAUGAUAGCGAUAGAACACACUCGUCCACUGUUUGGUAAUACUUUGCCAGUGGUGUCCAAAGUGCGGCCCCGGGCCAUUUGCGGAUCAGAGCUAAUUUUUUAUGGGACUGUGGCGCAUUGUAGAAAUAAAUUUUUGAAAACCCCAGCAAAAAUGGAAAACCCACCACCACCACACAUAGAUUGCAGUCCUGUGGGAAACACUGAAGCAUCAAUUUAUUUAUUUAUUUUUUAUUUACUUUUUAAGAGAGCUUGUGUCGUUUCAGCAUCCUAUUGGGUCACAAUGUUGAUGUGUAAAAAUGCCACACUGACGUUUUAAACUAUGCCCAAAAAAAAUAAUUCUCCAAAUAGGCCUUUACAUGUUUCAAUUGCCUCUACACCUUCACGUCUGCUUGUGUUUGUCUUUCUGAGGGAGUUUAAUCAGCAUUUCUUAACUGCUACAAUUAUAGUUACACUUAAUAUUAUAAAAAAAAAAACAUUUGUUAACAGUUUGUUGUGGUUGUGGGUUACAUGGUUUCAUUUUAAUUGCCAAGGUUCUGGUCUGUGUUGGUCAGUCUGCGUGUUCAAGUGUGCACAAAAACAAGAAAAAUGAGUCACCUGAAAGUUGCUUUCCAUGUCCUCUGUCCCUGAAGUCCUGUGUUGCAGAAAAAGAAUAGUCCCGUGUCAGUGGAAGUGUCUUCUGUUUGCGUUGAAACGGGUUGAAACUGUUUGUGACUUCCAUUCAUGACCAUUGAGACUCCAUCCAUUGACAAGAAGAUCCUCACAGCCUCUACUACGGAGUUCCAGGCAGCCUGGAAGGAGCUGGACGAGCCGCAGCUGGCAGGAGGAUGGGAACUCUUCACCGAGACGAUGGGAGUGAAAAUCUACAGGCUUUUUGACAAGGAAACAGGACUUUACGAGUACAAAGUCUUUGGUUCACUCAGCAGCUGCAGUCCAGAGCUGUGUGCAGACGUCUACAUGGACCUAGCCUAUCGCAAGCACUGGGAUGGAUACGUCAAAGAGCUCUUUGAGGAGCAGUUUGACGGGCAGACGGCCAUCUACUGGGAAGUGAAGUACCCCUUCCCGCUGUCCAACAGAGACUACGUGUACAUCAGGGAGCGGCGAGUCCUGGAUGUGGACAGCAGGAAGAUCUGGGUCAUCCUGGCCAGAAGUUCUCCGGAGACACCGUGCCCGGAGAAGAGCGGCGUGCUGCGAGUGAAGGACUACAAGCAGACGGUCGCCAUGGAGACGGACGGUGCCAGUGGAACUAAAGUUUUCAUGAAUUACUUUGACAAUCCUGGCGGGAUGAUUCCCACCUGGCUGGUCAACUGGGCGGCGAAGAGCGGCGUCCCUGGCUUCCUAACUGACAUGCAGAAGGCCUGCAGCAACUAUCAAAGCCACUGCUGCAAGAACUGAAUCAAGUCACACGGUCUCAAUUGGAGCUUUAUUUGUCCGUCCAACUCUGAGCUCCAGUGUGCAAGAAGCGUUACGGCACGCUGCAUGUGUGUGCUGGAUGGGCUUCACCAGCAUCCUAAUCCUAAUCAUCACGGGUCUUCUCUUCCAUCAGUCCUGAUGGAGUCUCUCUUGAAGAAUGAAAAACACAGCCUACUUGUCUUUGUUGGUCUAAAUGUUAUUUAAAUGUGAAAAAUGACAGAUGCAGUGUAAUUUAUUGUCUGUGUAUGAAUUUUGAUUUCCCAGAAAUGAACUUCCACGAACAAUCAUGGAAACUGCUGCAUUGCUCUUAAAGAGCCACAUGUUCAUGUUCUGAUUGGUAUAUGCUGAUUGCUGUGUGCACGCACUCCAAAAUUCAAAUGUGAGAUGAAAAAGCUGUGAUUUAUUUGAUAACAUCAAACAGUGUCUUUUAUUGAUGGGUUUUACAAGUGUCAUGAUGAGAUAAACAGCUCUUGAAUGGAAUGAACUCAAAAGCCAGACAUCAUUUUAAUAUUUGUAUUUAAUACUGUAUGACCGACAAAAGGGCUCAUGCCGUUCAUGCCGUUGUUGUAUGGAACAAACAUGCCAAGGUACUGAAACCAAUGCACAGAGUGAACUCUCUUCCUGCCUGUUUGGGGGCGAGACACGAGGAAAGCAGACACGCAUGCACAUGGCGAUAUAUUAAAGCUGGCAAAAUGAUUCAAUACAUUUUCAUUUAUUGUUUAUUUGUUAUUGUCCCAGGCCUAGUCCCCAUGAGACAUUUUCUUUCUAAAUGAGAGAUGUCACGUUUUAAUCGUGUGACACCCCUAGUAUUUGCUAAUUGUUUUAUUUUAUUUUAUUUUUACCUUUGGGCCCCGGGCCGCACUUUGGACACUUGAGCACAGUAACAUUGGUUUCAAAUGUUACUGUUACUUGUUUUUGUUACACUGUUAGUACUUGAAUGGUAUAAAACGAUAUCUUGAAGAUAUAAUUAGCCAUUUGAAAUGUAAGGAGUUUCCAGCUGACUUGCUACGAAUUCAGCAAGAUUAUACAUUUGGCUGAAUAGAUAUUCAUGGUAUCCCCCCACCUCAUGACGUCAUCAGUGACGCUUAUUUGAAAACCCCACCGAGAUACAAUGGCGUCUUUCCCGAAGUGACGUCACCAGCCGGAAGUAGCGUGUCCAGCAGUUUGCCAGCCAGCACCGUCGAGUCAGGUAAAUUUCUGUCAUCUGUUGUUUUUGCUCCAAGUGGUGUUAUGGUUUUAAACGCGUUUUUUAAAAACAUGUAUGAGACAUCGGAAGCUUGCUUUUGUUAAGACAAUUUCGGUAGGCUUCGUGAACUAAUUAGCUGGAAAUGGUCAACAGGUGCACUUUCUGUGCGGGCACUUUGGAAAUAUUAGUAACAAGGAGCAGACUCUUAAAGGAUAAAGGAUAAAGUGCGUUUGUUUUACAGCUAAUCUAAGUUUUUUGUCAUUUGGAGCAGUUUAAAGGUCUUCUGAUUUCGGUUACUUUUGGUGUCAUUCUAGUGAAACGCUCUCCAUUAUUCCAUUACCUGAUUGCUACCGCUAGCUUCCGACCUGGAUGCACCACAGACACAACAAAACGAACGAUUCACUCACUCAGCCCGGGAGUUUCACUCACUCUCAGGUGCUCCACGAAGACGUGAGUUGUGCUGACUCAGGUUUUGAUUAAUUUCAGUGAGUGACUCAUAAGAACUCGAAUCAGUAAAAGGAAUUGCGAUUCCUAUUGCUUGUACUAGCUAGCGUAGCAUGUAUUAGAGUUUAUUGUGUCGAUUCUUGAAAAUGAUGGUAAAAUGGGUUAAUACACUCAUUCUUGUACCUGAACUCAAUUUGCAGCUUUCUUUAGCAAGUAUUUGGAUUCAUAUUCUAGUUCCAGUUUGUCUGUUACAGUUUGAUGUUGAGAAAGCUAACAAGCUUUAUAGGUGACGAGAGUUGUGGUUGCUCAGAGUUGAUGUCAUGUCACUCGCUCAAUUCUGAAGAACUAUAAAAGCAGGGGUGUCCAAAGUGCGGCCCAUGGUUCACUUUUUUGUCCCGCAACACACCAUCCAAAUAAAAUUAAAAAUAAGUAAAUUACUGGUCUGCUGUAUGUAGAAUCUUUUUUUUACCCAAAUGGUAUUUGUCAUGCUAAGAUUAAAAAAAAAAAACAUUUUGAAAAUACAUUAAGACAAUAAAAAAGAAGCUGAACAAAUAGUUAAUCCUAUUAACACAUUCAAUACAAAAGAUUUUCCGUAUUUUUGCGCCAGAGGCAAAAAGAGGUGAUGACGCAAGUGCACGCUAAAAGAUGUCACUGUUUGUGCAGUUUUAAGCCAUAAAAACAGCCACAAGGUGUCAGAAGUGCAUUUGAUAAGAGCUCCGUGUGGAUCUUUUACAUGUAAAUACACACUCGACAGCAAGGAGGAAGUGAGAGAGCUUGGGGGGAGUGUAGCGUGCAGAAGGUUACGCAUUGUAGGGAAGUUUUAAUACAUGCACACACUGUUCAGUUCUAUUUGUGAAAAUUGUAAAUAGUUCGUAGUGUUAUACUGGUAAAUAAAUUGCUAUUUUGAUGUGAAACAACCCUUUUUUAAAAAUAUUGUUUAGGUAACAUUUUCCAAUAAGGUACACAAAAUUACAGUAGUUAAUGAGGAGCGAACCUACCUAACCCUAACCACUACUCAUUAGUUCUUCAUUAGUUUUUCAGUAACUACUCAUUAGUUCCUCAUUAAUUCUUCAUUAGUUCUUCAGUAACUAGUCUAAAUUUAUGUGCCUUUGUUAUUAGUUCCUCAUUAGGCCCUCAGUGACUACUGUAUUUUUGUGUAGCUUAUUGUAAAGUGUGACCAUUGUUUAUUUUGUGGUAUGGUAAUUUGAGCUGUCACAAAAGUAAAAAACGUGUGUCAAAGUGAAAGUUAUGCUUGAAAUGUACUGUAUCUUUUCACAAAAAGUUGUUUUUCUCCCCUUUUUUUUGUGAUGGCAACUGAUAUUUUCCUGAAGCUUAGCCAUGUUCUACUGCUGAUUACUAAAGAAACUUUUUUUUUUUUCUUUCUGAUGAGAGACCGGAGUCUAAUCGUUCUUUUGGUAUGUUCCAUGUUUAUACAGCCAUACAACACAAUAUUCUGUGUGCCUUGAAAGAUCAGUCAAAAUUGUCUAAAAUGGCCGGUAGUUAACAGGUUCUAGAAAAAGAAAAACAAAUUGCAGGCUGUUAUGAAGGCCAAAGGAGGCCAAAGUUAUUUUGGUAUGAUGUGUAGAAAAUAACUGUUUAUUUGCUUAGCAAAUAACAAUAAUGGUUUUAUUUAUUUAUUUUUAACACAUUUUUGAAAGAUUUAUAAAAUAUUUACA